AUACAAGAUAACUAAGGGAUUUAAUUUAUAGGUUAACAAUUAAUUUUUCUUAUAUCAUACGUAAAAAAAGUACUUACUUUUACCUGUUACUUUUUUCAAAAAUACGCAAUUUCGAACAUUGCAAUGAAAUAAUAUCCAUACGUCUAAAAUGUUUUCUCCAACCCGAAGAGUUACUUCCCUUGUAACAGUAGUGGUGAAACAACACCCCUCUCAUAAACUGCUGAACAAUGCCCCUUCUCAAAUCUUAUCACUUAGAACCAAAUCGUCUACCCCUCUAAAUACCGUGCUGAUGUUCGUUCCACAACAAGAAGCUUGGAUUGUCGAACGUAUGGGAAAGUUUCACCGUAUUCUGGAGCCCGGUUUAAAUAUUCUGAUACCGAUAGUGGACCGCGUGAAGUACGUCCAAAGCUUAAAGGAGAUAGCAAUUGAUGUUCCUAAACAAAGUGCGAUUACUUCUGACAAUGUCACUUUAAACAUUGACGGUGUGCUAUACUUACGUAUCGUUGACGCAUAUCUGGCCAGUUACGGAGUUGAAGAUCCCGAAUUUGCAAUAACUCAACUCGCGCAAACGACUAUGCGUUCCGAACUCGGAAAAAUAUCUCUGGAUAAAGUCUUUAGGGAGCGAGAAAAUUUGAAUGUGUCCAUAGUGGAUGCUAUCAACAAGGCUAGUGAGGCUUGGGGAAUUACAUGUUUGCGUUACGAAAUUCGUGACAUUAAAUUACCGACGCGUGUGCAGGAAGCAAUGCAAAUGCAAGUGGAGGCUGAACGUAAAAAGCGUGCCGCGAUUUUAGAGUCUGAAGGUGUUCGUGAGGCGGAUAUCAAUGUUGCUGAAGGUAAACGUCAAGCCAGAAUUUUAGCAUCUGAAGCUGAACGGCAGGAGCAGAUUAAUAAAGCCACUGGUGAGGCAUCUGCGAUUCUCUCUAUAUCGGGAGCUAGAGCUGAAGGUUUAAAGAAGGUUGCACAUGCAUUACAAGGACGCGAAGGUUCUAAUGCUGCGGCUUUAGCUGUGGCAGAGCAGUAUGUGCAAGCAUUUAAUAAACUGGCAAAAAAUAACAAUACGUUAAUCUUGCCGGCUAAUGCAGGAGAUGUGUCCAAUAUUGUUGCUCAGGCUAUGACCAUCUACCACCAAGUGUCCCAAACCAAGAAUUCCACAUCUUUAGAAAAUAACUCAGUAUUGCAUCGUACAUCAUCUGACAGCCUUGCUGAAUACUUAAGUGAUGAUGAAAAUCCAAAAAGCAUAGAUUUAGAAAACUUGAAAGAGAAAUAAAUGUUUUUGUUUUAAAAUAUUAAAUUGCAUUUAUACUUA